CAACAAAGCGCUCUCGGCCACCGCUCCCAAUCAACCCGCCCCGAUAUCGCAUCGCUGCUCGCCGUGCCUGCGACUCGAUCAAGCCACCCCGCCGCACGACCAUCUUCCCGCCGCAUCCGCCGACACCCAACCAGCCAUGGCCGACCUCGGAUUCGUCUUUGACGAUUCUGGAUACGAUGACAGCGACCUCGAUGACUGGGACGUCACCGGCAACUAUGGCGCAUACGACACUGCGGGCGAUCCCUCGAUGUCGCUGGACGACGACGACGGAGCUUUCCGAGACACCAGCGACUACGAUCAGGUCGACUUGGAGCUUCUAGAUGCGUCUCCGCUGGAAAAGUUUUCAGUCUUCACCGAGAGCGAAAUCAUCCAGCGAAGACUGUAUAUCUCCAGUGAAAUGAUGACGGUUCUGCAAGCGUGUUUCCAUGAAGACGUCGUCCAACACCUCUUGCCCUUGAUUGGAAGGCUGGCCAACGACCCUGAUUCUGCUGUUCGUCAAAAUGUCGCACAAAGGCUCAGCCAGCUUGGGCAAUACUUUAUCAACCGGAUCUCCGAGUUCCCCUCCGAGCUCGACGACGUCCUCCAUAUCUUCCGGAUCUUCAUAGCACCCAUUUUCGUCUUGCACCUGAUCGACAGCGAGGUUCUCGUUGCCACAGCCGCGCACGAGAGCUUUAUCGCACUCAUCAAGCUCAUAUACGACUACAAGUCCGAGAACGAACGUGUGUUCAAGGCCCUGUCGUUCAUGAAAGACUCGACCGAGACCCUGCCCGUGUCUCCUCCGAAACCACAGGCCGAGUGGCAGCGGCGGUUGGUGCCGCUUCUACUCGAGUCGGUGGUUGUGCAGCUUGUCCAGUACGACUCGAUAGAGCCCAACGGCGAUAUGGACUACGGCAAAAAGGACGAAGAAUCAAAGUGCGCCUCGUUGGAGCUUAUGAAGGACCUCUGUGCCACUCUGAGUGCCGAAAUCUCCAAGAUCACAUUCCUGCCUUGGCUGGAUGUGCUGUAUACGUCUCCGCACUUCAAUGUGCGCAAGCAAUGCGCCACCUUGAUAGGAUCGCUGUCGCCUAUUGUUGAUGAUUCCGAGCUUGAUCAUCUUUUUGGCAUCUUUGACUCGCUUGUCCAGGAUGGCGUUUGGAAUGUGCGCAAGGCUUGUGCAGAGGCACUUCCCGAGCUGGCUAGUCGCCUGUCUGGGGCAGAUCGGUGUCAGAAGCUCCUUCCGAUCUUCAUUCGCUUGACUGAAGAUGUCUCGCGAUGGGUCGUGGCGGCAGCAUACGAUGGGAUCGGCAAGUUUAUCUUCUCAUUCAAGGAUGAUGGCGUGCCAGACGAGCUCAUGGGCCUCUAUCUGAGCAUGACUUCGAUCAGCCAGAAUCUGGCCAAAGCCAAGGAAGUCGACCGCAGCUUCAAAUGUGCCUUUGCCUUCCCGGCGGUGCUCAUUGCCAUCGGCGGCGGCGACAAGUGGGACGAUGUCAAGGACGCUUUCAUGAUCCUUACCUUUGACCCUUCGCCGCAAGUGCGCCGUACCCUGGCUCACUCCCUCCACGAAGUUGCCCGCAUCAUCGGCUCCGAACGGACGAUGAAGGACUUGGUCGGCGUCUUUGACCGCUUCAUUUCAGACAUUGACGAAGUCAAGCUUGGCGUCCUUGGUCACAUCACGGACUUCCUCAGCUGCCUCAACGAAGAUGUGCGCGAGCCAUAUCUGUUUACCCUGGACCGGCUACGCGAGGGCGUCGAGGGAUGGCGAUUGAACUGGAGGACUCGCAAAGCCAUUGCAUCUCAAUUCGGAAGCAUUGCCAAGCUGUACACGCCCUUCAGCAUAGCGCAGUAUAUCGUUCCGAUGGCCUUCAAGCUCGCCAUGGACGACGUUGCGGAUGUGCGAGAAGCAUCGGUGUUGAAUCUGGCCCAAGUUCUGAUUCAUAUCAAGUCCCUAAAUGCCGAGCCGUGGCUCGGCAACAUUGUCAGCGGGGUCUCUGAGUUUGCCAGCAAGCCCAACUACCAGCUCCGCAUUUUCUUUGUCCAGUGUUGCGAGGUCCUGGUGACAGAUCCGCUGGGCGCCGAAUUGUUUGACGCGCAUUUUAUGAAGCUAUUCAUCCAGCUCGGCAGCGAUCCCGUCCCCAACGUCCGUAUCAAUAUCGCGCGAGCUCUGAGCCGGACCAUAGUCAAGAUCGACCGAUACAAGAGUCUCUGGCAGGCCAAUUCGGAGCCAACUCCGUUGCACGAGCUGACCAUCCGUCUCCGAACCGAUACCGACCCCGAUGUGUCGGCCCUGAUUGCCUCGGCGGCACCGAUUCGAGCCAAGCGACGCAGCAAAGCCAACCACGUCGGCUCCAAGUCCGGGAAUGAUGGCGACGGCAGCGACGAGGAGCGGCCCCGCACCAUGUUUUGUCUCGACGACGUCGAAUCCAUUGCUGUCCUCGACAAGCCAAGCCCGAGCCCCAAACGCGAGCCCGUGCGGUCGCCCUUGAGCCCAAACGGCAAGUCGCCCGUGCGGCUGGAGAUUCCGCCGCUUGCGUUGGAGCAGCCGUCCGCCUCUGUUCCCGAGCAUGCCAUUAUCAAGGCCGAGGAGUCGCUGCAAGUCAAGAUUGAGCGGGACCAGCCCAAAUCGCCCAUGAUCAAGGUGCAGAUGGAUGGAGUCGUUGUCGUUCGCAAAGGCGAUGUAUCGCCCAUAAGCCCCGUCUCGGCCGGCGCAUUGCCGAUGCCCGACCUCGACAUUUCGAAAUGAGCGCAUCGCUGUCCCCGCCCCUGAGGCACGAUGCAGUGCAAACUCAACGCGGCACCUGGGCUGCCCUUUUAUAUAAUGCGCCGGCUGCAUGUGGUCCUGAAAAACGCCCGCGUCGACGUCACCGGUUCCUGAUAGAGGCUCCGCUUGUGUCCAAUGUGCUGCCAAGCUGCAUUUUCCUCUGCCACGCUUCCACGCUGGCGGUGCUGGUUGACGGCGUGAUUCAUGACCAUCGGCGAAUGCAUUGAGAUCCGCUGCUCUCGACGAUGUAACUUUCUCGAACAGCUUGCAAAAACGAGACAAGCCAGCGUCGGCCCCAUCCACAGUUCCGCUUCCUGAAUAGAAAUAGUCCCCCUCCCGCCAU